AGCAUAAAUCAGCUGUAAAUUUUUAUAAAAUAAAGUAUUUCCAAACACACAUUUGUAGUUGGAAUUAACUUUUGCUUUUUUUAUUCAGGUAUUUAAAAAUAAUAAACUUCCAUAAUGUUAUAAUGCGGUCGGAACGCAAACAAAAACAUAAACACGUUAGCCGACGCAGUGCUAUUGAUUCCGAAAACAUUGGUGUGUCCAAGCUUUCAUCCUCCCGCAAAGUGUGUAAUAAACGAAACAAAAGGAAAGCGCGGAAAAUAUCUAAGCGGCAAACAAGAAAACAAAAUCUAACUGUGCAGAAAGUUUUGGCAAACAAAUUAAAAGGGAAGCAAAGGGAGGAUAUAUGGUUAUGUGAAGCAGUCGUAGAAGAUGGCAACGGUUCAAUGCCGAAAGUGAUGGAGACUCCUCAAAUUAGCCAUAUAAGAAGAAGCGGUGACUUUAAAAAGACUCGCGACAACAGGCAGCAACGUCGCUUAUACCUACGUAAUAAUAGGCUUAGCAAUCGUAGCUCUUUGGGCAGUAAUACGACGACGGCCAGUCAAAAAAUUACCAAAAAAAUUCUGCGAGCCAUAAAGCGGCGCCAAUUACAAAAUGAUAAUUCAAAAUAUUUAGAACGAAGGAAUAAAUUAAAACGUAAAUUGAAUUUGACAAAUAAUUCCAAAAAUGAAAGCGAAGUAUCCACCUUACUUAAUAAUAGUCUCGAAGAAGGUGAAAUAAUCUCGGAUGAUGAAGUCGAUAAGAGUUCUUCUACCAACAAUUCAUCUACAGUUAUUGGUGAAGAUAAUGAUGAUGACUGUAUUUGUAUUGAACCGCAAAUCGAAAAAAUCGUUAUUGAUGACGAAGAGCCAGUCACAUCUCGCUCAAUAGCUAAAAAUAACAUUUCCUCUGGUUAUGUUUCUAUAAUUCAGAGUGUAAAUGAUCGCAAAAGUAGACUCACCGGCCAGUUACUCACAUCAACCCCAUAUGACGAGGGACCCAUACGAUCGGUUGUGCAAAACUGUACACAGAAUAUUGAGCAGGAUAACUUAAGUGAUGUAUCUAGCCUUUUUUAUGAAGAUGUUUCUAGAAACAACUUUCUAGAAAGCAUCAAUUCUGAAGACACUUUCAUCAGUUAUACUAGAAUGUCGAAUUUGGUUAGAAACCCCAAAUCGAAGGCGAGAAAACGAAGAAAAAAUAAAUCGCGAAAUGACACUUCGACUUCGGAAGAUGUAAUAAUUUUGGAAGACACAGUCAACGAUACAACACAAAAAGUAACCGAAAAGGAGAACGAAAUGGAUGACUCCGUAAUAUUUAUAAGUGAAACUGUUGGAAAAUCGGAUAAACCUGCUCCAAUGCUCGAUUUUGUGCCGCUGAGCAGUAAUGAUGUACCGAAUCCAAUCAUCGUGCCGAAGAGUCCGCCACGUACACCGAGAAGAGCAGCUAUAAAAAGUGGACUCUUCACAAAUAGCGAGAGAAAAGAGUUAGUUGCUUACAACAAUAAUACGUACAAUCCAAAUGCUGAUGAUCCCAAAGCGGCAGAAAAACAAUCAAAGAAGCGCUUAAUACUCAUCGAUGGCUGCAACGUCGCUUUUAAUCAUGCUCUCAACAAGGAAUUUUCGGUAAAAGGUUUAAAAAUAUGUAUUGAAUAUUUCGAAAAAAUGGGGCAUGAAGUUAAGGCUGUUGUACCACAAUUUCGUAUGCACAGAUGUUCCGAAUCUUCGGCAAUGUUCGAACUACAUAGAGCUGGUAAAAUUGUGGUUACGCCUUGUAAAAACUUACCAGGAAAAUUUACAAUUAGUUAUGAUGAUCGUUUUAUCUUACAAUUGGCUUCCGAAAUCGAUGCAGCCAUUGUUUCGAAUGAUAACUACCGGGACCUGAUUAAUGAAAAUUCCGCCUUCAAAAAACUAAUCGAGAAUCGUGUUAUUGGCUUUACCUGGUGCAAUGACCUAUUUAUGGUAGCCAAAGAUCCAUACGGCAAAUGGGGCCCAUCAUUACAAACUAUUCUCAAUCGGACGUAAUCUAAACAACCGCCAAGUCUUUUGCACUCUAGUUUUAAAAAAUUUAAUAUUUAUAUAUGUACUUAUCUUUUAUAGCAACUGGUCCGCUUGUAUAUUCGGAGUUAUCCUUUUUAGUUUCUUACAUACAGUACUGUGCCUAAGCAAAGCAACUUUUUUGCCAUGAGUAGAGAUUAAACCUAUAUUUGUUUUAAUCAGGGAACUCGGAUUAGUAAUCUUUGUUUCUGACAAUAUAAUAAAUGGUUGUAAUUAAUUCCUAAAUGAUAAGCAGUCAUAAAAGUAGCCGUGCAAAUACUAAGCAACACUUGGUAAGCGAUGGUGUCAAACUUACGCUCUUUUGUUAAUAAAUAUCGAACCUGGAGUUGCAUUUAUAUUUUAAAAUACGAAUUAGGAGGCCGGCCAUGAUAAGUAAAGUCUAAAAAAAUUUCUAAGUGAAAAAACGGGUUAAACACAAGAAAUCGCUUAACAGAAUAAGGUUUUUGAGGGUAUUUGCAGCCAUUCUUCGAAUUACUGGCCUGUUUAAGCAAAAAUCUGAAUUUUAUUUAUAUGUACAUGUAUGUAUAUAAAAAUAUUAAUCCCUAACCCUGUUGAAAUAAAUUUUCCUAAACAUGCUUCGAAGUAUAUUAUGUAUGACAAUGCUUUAGAAAAUAUGUUAUCCAUGGCUGAAAAGAAUUCUUUGCUUAGCUUUUGCGCAAGGCUGUAUGUGUUUUCAUGUAUAUGUGGAGGAAUAUGUUAAUACAAUACUUUUCGUUAUUAUUA